UAGUUCACUCUUCGUCCCAACAGCAGUGAUCCAAGGAGAUCAGAGCAUUGAAACCAAAGCCAAAAUGAAUCUAACCAUCUCAGUUUUAGUGGCUUGCCUUCUGGCAACUGUUAGUGCCAAAAUUAGCCCGGGACCAUGUCCUCCUAAGCCAGAAACCAAACCAGACUUUGAUGCCACCCAAUACAUUGGAGAUUGGUUUCAAGUCCAAGGUAUUCCCAACUUUUUUACUCCUGACAACUCCUCGUGCAUUCGUGCUUCCUACGGAGAUCUUGGAGACGGGACCAUCAGUGUCCACAACGUUCUGACCUACCCGAAUGGGCUCUUCGGAGAGAUUUGUGGUUCGGCGUAUGCUCCCAAUCCUGAAGUCCCCGGAGAACUUCUUGUACUUUUCCCAUUUUCCUUCCCUGGUCAGUAUUUGGUUUUGGAUACAGAUUACGAGAACUGGUCUGCCGUUUAUGCUUGCGUUGAUUUACUCGACGAGUUUAAGUUUGAAUACACUUGGCUUUUGACUCGAGAUCCUGAGCCUUCCGAUGAAGUUAUUUCUACUGCCUUGGACGUGUUUGUUUCCAAAGGAAUCAGCUUGGAGGAUUUUGAGACUUAUCAACAGGGACCUCAAUGCGUGUAUGAAGAUCCCGAAGUGCCCAGUUGUAUUGAUACAUAGUGCAAAUUGACCUAUCAUACGCCAAUAAACAUGAUCUAAUUACAGUAAA